GAAACUUCCCUCUUCCUCAGUACUUUGCACAUUGAAGCCACAACAACUGAAGCUCCUCCCUUUCAGCACAUCUGGACGGACAUUGAAGAGAACAUAACUUAUUUUUGAUUUGACUUCCACUACUGGGAAAUACAGUAAAACACACAUAACCUAAAUUUGUUCUUCAACUAAAAGAGCAGUAAUUGUAUACUUGUGUUCAGGAAACCAGUCGUUUCCUGAACACACCCUCCUGCACUGGGGCUGCAUCCAACUUCUUUUUAUCCUACGUCUCAGACCAACAACAUCUACCAACUUUAGGAUGCCUUUGGGAGGAGGAAAUAAAUGUGGCCGCUGUUCGAAGACAGUUUACUUUGCUGAGGAAGUCCUGUGUGACAAACGGAGCUUUCACAAGUCCUGCUUCCUGUGCAUGGUGUGUGGGAAGAACUUGGACAGCACAACUGUUGCGGUCCAUAUGGAUGAAGUCUACUGCAAAGCAUGCUACGGCAAGAAGCAUGGGCCAAAGGGCUAUGGCUAUGGCCAGGGUGCCGGGACCCUUAGCAUGGACAAAGGAGAAUCAUUGGGUAUUACCCAUGAAACACCUGCCCCUCAUUGUCUGACCACAAACGCAAACCCCUCUAAGAUGGCUCAGAAGUUCGGAGGGUCAGACAAGUGUCCCCGCUGUGGCAAAGCUGUUUAUGCUGCUGAGAAAGUGAUUGGAGCAGGGAGUUCCUGGCAUAAGAUUGGGUGUUUCACCUGUGCCACAUGUGGGAAAAGCCUGGAGUCAACCACACUAGCUGACAAGGAUGGAGAAAUCUACUGUAAAGGCUGCUACGGCAAAAACUUUGGUCCCAAGGGAUUUGGGUAUGGACUAGGAGCCGGAGCGCUGGCCCACACCCAGUGAGAUCCGUGUCACGUCUCCAUUAUACUGAGCUGCUUUCCAGACCAGCACGGGGCAGGUUGCAUGAAGGAUGCAUCCUUCAUGCAAUACUGCAUUAAAAUAACCUCAAGAAUCACCACACAAACACAAAGAACGCAAACGCUAUUUAAUCCUAAGCCUUGUUUUUUGUCUCCAGCCUGUAAUACAAAUGUUGACGACAACUUUUUGGCCCUGAAAGAAAAUGAGCUCCAUAGAUUUAGUCUUGGAAAGGGCCAAUAUUGUUUAUGCAUCACACAUAUAUUAGAUGUACAGUGAUUGAACUAAUGCUUUGAAUUACCUUUGGAUCAGAGUGACAUGUUUGGUUUUCGAGAAAAUUCAGACAUUAAAUGCAGUAAAUACUCCCCGUUUGUGUGCAUUUUAUACUUAAAAAUGAAAUAGCUUAGUGUAACAAAUACAGCUUAUCAUUAUACUAUGUUUGCACAGGAAUAUAACUAAAGCAGCCAGGCUGGGUGGAUGCCUUUGCGUUUUAACGAACUGCUUUCUGCACAUUUUAUAAUUUUUUUUCUCAUAACACUGUCAUGGCACUCCUCAUUCUGAGAUGAUCACAUGAGAUAAAUCCUGUAUGAUGUCAAAAUGAGAGAAUAACAAUACCUUCGACUCUCUGUCAGAAUGUGGGGAAUGCCAGAAAGGACCAGUGAUUACCUUUUUUUUAAUGUUUGGAUUGAAAAUGUUUUUAGAAGAUGUUAAUGUAACUUUUUGACAGUAUUCAAAAGUGUGUUUACUUUGUAACAUGAACCACAUACAAUAAAGCAACUUUAUAUUAAA